AUGUCAGAGGAGUCUAAAGAACAACAAGCUCGCAGACUUCCCAUCUGGGCUUUGAGUCCGCGGGAAGAGAAAGAGGCCCGCCAGAAUCUCAAAAAGUAUGCCUACGACCAAUGCGGAGAAUACGUGAAAGCCAUGGUCGAAUGCUCGAAGUUGCACGGAUUAAAAUUGUUUCCAGCGUGCGAAUCACAACGAGACCGCAUGGCUGAGUGCAUUCUUUCAUUCCAAGGCGAAUCGCAUGUGGACCAGGAACGCGAUAAAAUAGUGCAACGCCGGAUUCAGCGGCUGGAAGACCAGCUCAAACAACAGCAGCUCCAGCAGAAAGGAAGCAAUUAG